AUGGCUCCUGCACACAUGCCUACGAUUAAGCCAUUCAUGUCGCGGAUAGGCAUCAUCGUAGUCGAUUUCGAAUACUCAGCCGUCAACCCGCUUGCCUUUGAUAUCGCGAACCACUUCCACGAGUGGACAGCCAACUACCACUCCGACGUCCCCCAUAUCCUGGACCCGUCCCGGUACCCCACCCUCGAGCAGCGACGGAACUUCUAUGUUGGCUACCUACAGCAUGCCGCGAGCUCGCUGUCGGACGUGGCGGGCGAGAGCCCAUCUCCAGCUAGCGAGAAGGAUCUCGCAACGCUCGAGCGUCAAGUCCGCAUCUGGAGUGCAGCAUCACACGGGAUGUGGGCGAUUUGGGGUAUCGUACAGGCCCGCGACGACUUGGCGAGGGGAGAGACUCAGCCCGAGUUCGACUAUAUUGGGUACGCACAAUGUCGGAUGCAGAGUUUCCGUAGGGAGGUAGAGGCGCUCGGAAUCUAGUUCCUUAGAACAGACCUACUAUAUAUACCCGGCCAUUUAUUGUUUGUGUUGGUUCUC